UGCAGAGUGUGAAAACAAUGAGGCGGCCGGAGAGCCCUUCAUUGAUUAUCACUAGAUUGAUUAUCUAUGUUCUUUGACCACUAAUACGGUCUUGCUAUGGCCUGAGUUGCGUCUGAAGCGAGCGGGUCGCGAAGGAUUUUCAAGCUCGCAGUGGAACAGUCCUGCGAGUUACUUACUUCUUUGUGUUUACGACAAUCACACUGUAUUUUUGACCACGACUGAGUAAAAAUGGGUACCGGCCAGAGCGCAGCCUCCACCACCGCCCCAGUGGUCCUGAAUCGCGCUGCCAAAGUCGGUCCCGACCGUAUUGCGGGCGAUUUUCUAAACGUGCUCGGCUAUCCGCAGGUGCACGAAAUUUUGAAGCCCGCUCUGCCCUCCGUGAAUUCGCGGGAGCGGAUGGUUGUGUGCCGCUGUUGGUUGUCCCUGCGUUUUCCUUACUGCGACAACACGCACCAGAAGCUGUGGAAACAGGGAAUCAACGUCGGACCUUGCAUGCUGCAGUUUGAGCACGGGUUGACGAAGAAAAAUCGACUUCGGCGAAGUACGUCUUUGACCGCAGGUGGUGGUGGUGGUGCGCCCGUCGGAGGAGGUGUGGCUGGUACAACAAGUUCUGCUUCUGGCCUUGGAAGUGUGAGUACUACUGGCAUCCCGGCGGAAGUAGAGAGGUUGGUUGAAAUGCAGCAAAGCGUCUCGGCCACGGCAUCUACUCCUGAUGAGGUAACGGCGUGUGCUGGCAUUGAACAAGAAUCGGUGGCGAGGAGUUCUUCCGAAACAGCCACUGCACUUGGAGGGUCUGCCUCAGGACAAGGUGGUCCGAGAGAGGUGGUGUUCACUUCCGAAUCGCCAUCUCCUGCUGCGGAAAAUCUUCAGAGUGAUUGUUGCGAACGCGAGGCGUUCCAGCAGGCAAAAAAGGAUUGCAGUGAGAAACAAGCAUUUGCAUAUGCAAAUGUGACAGACGAUGCACCAGAUAAGAGCAAUGCUAUGCCUCUGCUGGGACUGGGAGUGGGGUUCGGCGCAGCUGCCUUAGGAGUUGCUGCGCAAUGCAGUUUCGCUCAGGAAAACGAAAAUUAA